AUGCAGCAGGCAGUCACCCUCCCGCUUGUUGGCAACCUGGAGUGCACUGGACAUGGAUGCAAUGCCACAUUCCACUUUGAAAACGACUUGUUUUUGCACAUGAAAUGUUGCAAGAGCCAGGAAUUUGAUUGUCCGUACUGCGACGACUCAGGAUUGGAACCAGAGAAUUUCCUUGGGGAGCACCUCAAUGCUCGCGGUGCUAAGAGCAGGCAAUGCAAGAAGAAGCCUGGCAACUUUCGUCUAACGAAGGACCAAAGGGAGCAUGAUGCCACGCUUGAUUUCAUGACGCCACACAAGUGCCAGUUCUGCAAGCUCCGUUUUGCCACGAAAAAGAAUCUGGCUCAGCAUGAAAAAGAGAAGCAUGGAAAGGGCAAGAAGAAAUCGAUUGUCGGCAAGAAAACAGUAAAGCAGCCUGCUGCCAAGAAAACCACAAUCUCCAAGAAUUCAGCACCCAAGAAACCUGCUACGAAGAAAUCAAUUCCAGUCAAGAGAACUGCUAGCCAGAGCACUACGGAAGCGCCUCCCCUCUUGGGAACUACUGGCGGUAGCCUUGCAGGUGCGACCGCCGAACGAACUGUCCUUGGAGAGCUAUCUGGCGUCGAAAAUGGAAUCGGGGUUCAACGCUCCAAUCGGCGCUCCAAGCGUCUCAAGAAAUCUACAGACAAUGAUGAAAAUGCGCGCUCUACCCUUUACCCCGUCUAG